AUGGUCCGCCCAUGCCGUGCGGACAAACAUAUCUGCUCGUUCACUCGUCCCCGAAGAAAGAUUCAAUCACCGCAGAAACGGCAUCUCAGUCGAUCAGCUCCAGUUGCGAGUCCCGUCACAGGAGCAGCUGAAGCCGAAGUACAGGCUGCUCACAAAUACUGCAUCGAUCUUCUUUCAAAAUAUGACCGACCCUCAUAUACGCUCAGCACCUUCGUCCCCCGCAAUGCGCAAACAUUUUACCUUGCACUACGAGCCCUGAAUGUCUCUCUUUCCAUGAUACCUGACACCACAUCCUCGCAUACGAUCGGACUGAUGCGCCUCCAAUUCUGGAGAGACACAGUCACCAAAACACUCGCCGGUUCACCUCCGAAAGAACCCGUAGCCAUCCUCCUGGCUUCCGCCAUUUCGAACCUUCACGAGCGAACCCAGGGUCGGGCACGGAUCACCAAGGGCUGGUUGACUCGGAUGAUCAAUGCGCGCGAGCAGACAUUAACAAAUGACCCGUACACGAACAUCGCUGCCCUCGAGUCGUACGCAGAAAACACCUACUCGACGCUUCUGUACUUGACGUUGUCGGCUUUACCGAUGACAUCUGUAACAGCCGACCAUGUCGCAUCGCAUAUUGGAAAAGCAGCCGGAAUAGCGGCCGUGCUAAGGGGUCUACCGAUUGUCGCAUUCCCGCCUCCAGCGGCCCAGUCACCACACCAGGGCGGUGCUGGCAUGAUGUCCGGAGGAGCGAAGCAAGGCGCUGUCAUGUUGCCUUUGGAUGUGAUGGCCCAGGCGGGAGUGAAGGAAGAGGAGGUCUUUAGACUUGGUGCUGAAGCACCAGGACUGCGUGAUGCUGUUUUCACUGUUGCCACGAGGGCAAGUGACCAUCUGAUUACCGUGCAGGAGAUGCUGAAGAAUCUCCGUGCUGGUCAGGAUGUGGGCCACGACUUUGAGCACCAGGGUGAGGAAGGCCACGAGUAUGACGCUGAAUACGAUGUCUUCCAAGGCCAGCAGAACGAGUCGCCUCUGGACGAGGUGAACCGGGCCUUUGGUGUUUUCAUGCCUGCUGUUGGCACUCGUCUCUGGCUGGAUCGAUUGGAGAAAGUUGAUUUUGACAUUUUCCAGCCGGACUUGCUUCGGUCUGAUUGGAAAUUGCCAUGGAAGGCUUACAUGGCAUUCAAACGGAAAACGUUUUAA